AGAUGAGGCAAGCUAAGGCUCUCUAUCGGGUUUCCCCAUGCACGUAAUGAAUGGGGCGCACUGCCAUCGGUCCAACGAGGUCGCGAGACACUCCCGUGACGUGCCUACCAGCCCCUCAGCCUCAUCCUCGUACCCUUUGUCUCCGUAGAUUUCAUCUCUUCCCAUCACUCCGCCUUGCCAGCACCAUCGCCCACAGCGCUUGGUGUCAUCUAUCGCAAUGGCGUCUCAAGGCCUUAUUCCGUUUCUCGUAGCCAUGAUGCUACUGACAGGUGUUUGUAAUACCCUGUUGACCAAGUACCAAGACAACCAAUGCGUCCGCAACUGUGGCCCCGAUGACAAACCGAGCGACAGAGUCUUCUUCGAACAGCCCGUUCUUCAAACGGCACAGAUGUUCAUCGGCGAGAUGGGUUGCUGGCUCGUCGUCGGCCUGAUGGCUCUCUGGCGCCGAGUCUCAAGUUCUGGCACCCCGACCGAACAAGGUUACGAGGCUGUCAACACCAACGAAACGUCGGACCCGACGGCCGAGGAGGACAAUGACAGAACGAAGCUACUGCGCUCGUCCAAAGGAUCUCUUCUGAAGGGCUACCGAGUAUUGCUUCUGGCGCUGCCUGCCAUCUGUGAUAUUUGCGGCACCACCCUCAUGAAUGCCGGCCUUCUCAUGGUUGCCGCCUCCAUUUACCAGAUGACUAGAGGCGCUCUGGUCCUUUUCGUCGGCCUGUUCAGUGUCAUGUUCCUCGGCCGCCGCCUCUGGCUCUUCCAGUGGAUCUCCCUGCUCGGUGUGGUCCUUGGUGUCGCCGUUGUAGGCUUAGCGGGUGUCAUUUCGCCCGACAAGAAGCCAGAGUCGCCACACCAAGAUGAGUCAGAAACUGAGGCUGGCCUCUCGGAUGCCGUGAGGGCUAUUGUCGGCGUCCUCCUCAUCGCAGGUGCUCAAAUAUUUACCGCUACACAGUUCGUUCUCGAAGAAUGGAUCCUGGAGAAUUCUCCCAUCGAACCCAUCAGAGUAGUUGGUUGGGAGGGUAUCUUUGGAUUUACUGUCACCCUCCUCGCUAUGGUGGUUCUACACUUGUCGAUUGGGAUCACGGAUGCAGGAAGAUAUGGCACUUUUGACAUUGUUGAGGGAUGGCGUCAGGUUACGGAAAAUAAGCAGGUAUUGAUGUCGAGCAUUCUCAUCAUGAUCAGCAUCGGUGGUUUCAACUUCUUUGGACUAUCAGUGACCCGGAGUGUCAGCGCUACCUCGAGGUCUACUAUUGACACCUGCAGAACUCUCUUCAUCUGGAUUGUGUCGCUCGGUUUGGGUUGGGAGUCGUUCAAAUGGCUCCAGAUUCUCGGCUUCGCCCUGCUGGUUUACUUUACCUUUGUUUUCAAUGGCAUCGUUCAACCCCCUCUUAAGAGCCUGCGGGUUGACGAGGAAAUUGAGGAACUUUUGCCCGAGGAGCCUAUCGAGCAUCGGUGAUACACAGAGGCUCGCAUGGAUGGACAUAGGGAUGGAGUUGUCUGGCGAUGGACGGUUGGUUACUUCACUGGAGAGGCGCACUGGGAGUUUGGCACUGUUUUUAUGUAGAUUGUGACU